CCCAUCUAUUCCAAACCAUAGUGCACCUUUAUUCACCUCUCCCUCGUUAUCUCACUUUCUUGUUCAUCCCUAAAACCCAAAACCCACUAUCCAAACAUACAUCCCUUCUCCAUCAACAACCUUAAAGACCAAAACUUUGAAUUAUAAUGAUCAUGGAGAUGAACAUACCUCAAUAACAGAGCUACUCAAAUAAAACCCAAUUACAUCAUUUUCAUAAAUUCUCUUCUUUUUUUGUAAAUUUCCAUUAUUAGUAAAAUGGGGGUACUCAAUCUUCCAUUAGUCAUUUCUGUUCUUAAACCCCAUAAUUACAAUCCCCAUAAAUUUUCUUCCUUUAUAUUUUGCCCAACUCACCAUUUUUGUUUUAAACCACUUCAACGACGCUUUUUUGCGUCUUCAAGUCCUGGCGCUUCCACUUUGCAACAGAGUAUUUCUGACAAUGGUGACUCCAGUUCAGUCCCUUCUACUUCUUCUGUACCCACUUUUCAACAAGCUAUUCAAAGACUUCAGGAAUAUUGGGCUUCUGUUGGAUGUGCAGUUAUGCAAUGUAGCAACACCGAGGUUGGGGCUGGUACUAUGAAUCCCCUUACAUAUCUCAGGGUCCUAGGGCCAGAACCAUGGAAUGUCGCUUAUGUAGAACCUAGCAUUCGACCUGAUGAUAGUCGCUAUGGAGAAAAUCCAAACCGUCUUCAGCGCCACACACAAUUUCAGGUUAUUUUGAAGCCAGAUCCUGGGAAUUCCCAAGAUCUUUUCAUCCGGAGCUUAUCUGCUUUAGGUGUUGAUGUCAAUGAUCAUGAUAUACGUUUUGUUGAGGACAACUGGGAAAGUCCGGUUCUUGGUGCAUGGGGAUUGGGUUGGGAAGUUUGGAUGGAUGGAAUGGAAGUCACUCAAUUCACCUACUUCCAGCAGGCUGGAGGUCUUCAGUUGAUGCCAGUUUCUGUUGAAAUCACUUAUGGUCUUGAGCGUAUUCUCAUGUUGCUUCAGGGAGUUGAUCAUUUUAAAAAAAUCCAAUAUGCUGAUGGGAUCACAUAUGGAGAAUUGUUUGCAGAGAAUGAGAAGGAAAUGAGUGCGUAUUAUCUGGAGCAUGCCACUGUUGAUCAAAUCCAGAAGCAUUUUGAUCUUUUUGAGGAGGAGGCUCGACAUUUGCUUAAGUUGGGACUGCCCAUUCCUGCGUAUGAUCAGCUUCUGAAGACGUCUCAUGCUUUCAAUAUCUUAGAUUCUAGAGGCUUUGUUGGUGUAACUGAACGUGCUCGUUAUUUUGGUCGAAUGCGUAGUUUAGCUCGUCAAUGUGCUCAAUUGUGGCUGAAGACAAGGGAGUCUCUUGGUCAUCCUUUAGGUGUUGUUACGGAGCUUGGUCCUCUAACUUGCUCAAGAGAGGUCCUGAAGGCUGCGUUAGAAAAGGUGUCUGUCGAGCCAAGAAUGUUUAUUCUUGAAAUUGGAACAGAAGAAUUGCCGUCACAUGAUGUAGCUUAUGCAACUGAGCAGCUGAAAGAUCUCAUUGUUCAAUUGCUGGCAAAGCAAAGAUUGAGUCAUCUAGAAGUGCAAGCAUUUGGUACGCCUCGGAGAUUGGUGGUUUGCAUUGAUGGUUUAUGUGCGAACCAAGUUGAGACUGAGAUUGAGGUUCGAGGGCCCCCUGUAUCCAAGGCGUUUGAUGACCAAGGAAAUCCAACCAAGGCUAUCGAGGGUUUUUGCCGUAGAUACAAUAUUUCUCUCGACUCCAUAUACGAAAAAGUAGAUGGAAAGACCCAAUAUGUAUAUGCUUGUGUCAUAGAGCCUUCCCGAUGUGCUUUGGAGGUGUUAGCUGAGGAUCUCCCUAGUACCAUUUCCAAGCUGUCAUUUCCAAAAUCAAUGCGUUGGAACUCUCAGGUGUUGUUCAGUAGACCAAUUCGUUGGAUUAUGGCUCUUCAUGGUGAUGCUAUUGUUCCAUUUACGUUUGCUGGGGUUUUCAGUGGAAAUUUAUCUUAUGGUCUUCGGAAUACACCUUUUGCUACUGUCAAGGUGGAAAGUGCAGAAUCUUACGCUGCUGUGAUGGAGAAGGCUGGCAUAUCUGUUGGCAUCGAGGAACGUAAAAAAUUGAUAUCAGAGAAUGCAACCGCUUUAGCUGAAAGUGUCAAUGGACAUGUAAUAAUGCCUAGUGGAUUAUUGGACGAGGUUGUGAAUCUGAUUGAAGCACCUUCCCCAAUAUUGGGAAAGUUCGACAAGUCCUUCCUGAUGCUUCCAAAAGAUCUUCUAACAAUGGUUAUGCAAAAGCAUCAGAAAUACUUUGGAAUUGCUGAUAAUAGUGGACGAUUGUUGCCAUACUUCAUUGCGGUGGCAAAUGGAGAUAUUGAUGUGGGUGUUGUGAGGAAAGGGAACGAAGCAGUUCUAAGAGCACGCUAUGAAGAUGCAAAGUUCUUUUAUGAGACAGAUACAAGAAAGAAAUUUUCGGAGUUUAGAGGGCAACUUAAUGGAAUCCUUUUCCAAGAAAAGCUAGGAACAAUGCUGGAUAAAAUGACCCGUGUUGAGGCUAUUGUUCCCAAAUUAGCCUCGUACUUGGGUUUUGACUCGGAACUGCUUCAGACGAUACAUGAAGCUGCAUCACUUGCCAUGUCCGAUCUUUCCACUGCUGUGGUGACUGAAUUUACAUCUCUAGCAGGAAUAAUGGCCCGGCAUUAUGCUUUAAGAGAUGGCUACUCAGAGCAGAUUGCAGAUGCUUUAUUCGAGAUUACGCUUCCUAGAAAUUCAGGAGAUAUACUUCCAAAAUCAGAUGCUGGAAAUGUUCUUGCAAUAGCCGACAGACUGGACAGCCUUGUUGGUCUAUUUGGGGCAGGUUGUCAGCCUACUUCGACAAACGACCCGUUUGGUCUGCGGAGAAUAUCAUAUGGCCUUGUGCAACUGUUGGUAGAAAAUAAUAAAGAUUUAGACUUGCGAAAUUCUCUAGAGCUCGCUGCUGAGGUCCAACCUUUCAAAGUUGAUAGCAGUACACUAGAUGAUGCACAACAAUUUGUAACACGGAGACUGGAGCAAUAUCUGGUUGACAAGGGGAUAAACCCAGAAGUUGUGCGGUCUGUCCUCUUAGAGCGUGCUAAUCGGCCCUGCCUGGCAGCAAAAUCAGCUGUAAAGAUGGAGGCUUUGUUCUAUAAAGAUCUCCUUCCGAGGGUUAUUGAAGCAUAUUCUCGACCAACAAGAAUUGUUCGAGGAAAGGAUUUAGACGUCAACCUAGAGGUAAACGAAGGAGCUUUUGAGAUGAUGGAAGAGAAAGUUUUGUGGAAUGCUUUCUUGUCAGUAAGCAAACGAAUUCAUCAUGAUAUUGAAAUCGACGACUUUGUAGAAGCGUCCUCAGAAUUAGUACAACCACUUGCGGAUUUCUUCGAUAAUGUAUUUGUAAUGGUGGAAGAUGAAAGGGUUAGGAAUAAUCGGCUUGCGCUACUUAACAAAAUUGCAGAUCUUCCGAAGGGGAUUGCGGACCUCUCUGCUUUGCCUGGAUUUUGAAAAUUCUCUAAAACUUAUUCUUUUGUAAAGUUAUUUUUUACGAAAUGAGGAAAUAAUAAGAGCUGUCUGUAAAACCAUUGUUUUAGAUCUUAUUAUGUUUUCGGUUGUAUCAUUCAUACUUAUUACUAUUAUCAACAUGAGAAUUUUCUUUUGG